AUGUAUAAUCCCACUCGACUCAAGGUACAACUGAAGCUAAGCAUCAACAGACUCAAGAUGCUUCAAGCAAAGAAGACAUCGCUGAAUCAACAAAACAGACGAGAAAUCGGCACACUGUUGGAGAAGGGCAAGGAGGAGAGCGCUCGUGUACGAGUAGAGCACAUUAUCCGCGAUGAUCUGCUGAUUGAAGCCAUGGAGAAUUUGGAGCUGUACUGUGAUUUAUUACUGGCACGCUUUGGGCUACUGGAAUCAUACAAGACAUGCGAACCAAGCAUUUUCGAGGCUGUCAAUACCAUUAUUUGGGCUGCACCUCGUGUGGGUGAGGUCAAGGAGCUCGGGUUGGUCAGAGAUCAGUUGGCAUCCAAGUAUGGCAAGGAAUUCAUGAUGCAAGCAUUGGAAAAUGAAGACGAGCGAGUGAAUCCUAGAAUUGUCAUGAAACUGCAGGUAAAUGCGCCUGAUUCAUAUCUUGUGGAGCGCUAUUUGGAAGAGAUUGCUCGGACCUACGAUAUCAAAUGGAGAUCAAAUCUGAUUGAGCAUGAAGAAGAAGAGCAAGAGUAUGACAAUGACCAAGAUGAAGUGGACAGUGACGGGGGAGGAGGUGGAGGACAAGCAGAGAUGCUGCCUCCCUUACAGAACCCUACCAUGCCGGAUGAGGAUGAAUCUCGGUUUGAUUUACCCGACAUACCCACCAGUUCACCCAUGAAGAAGAAGGCCAAUGCUGCAGCAGGACCACCACCAGCAGGGCCACCAGCCAACAACAAUGCUGCUACGGAGGAUCCCAAUGACUUUGAUGCAUUGGCAAGACGUCUAGAUGCCUUGAAGAGAAAGUAA